AUGGCGGAGAUGGGGAGAGAGGGGGUGAGAGGGAUGGAGGAGGAGGAGGAGGGGAAGGGGGUGUGGCUGGACUUCGAACGGGGAGAGGCCGGGCGCGCUACGACGCGGACGCGCGCGCGAUUGGGGCAAUGGCCAAGACACUUCCCUUCCUCCACCCCACCUCCACCCACCGACUUCUUCUCCGUCCCCUACCUAAUUCCUCGCUCCCGCCCGCCCCGGCCCCGCUCCGCGCGUGGGAGCCCCACGAGCCAGAGUAGCACCGUCGAGUCCUCCUCCGCCGUAGCCCCUCCACCUAUCGCCCUCCCCCUCCCCCCUUCCUUCGACCUCGACGUCCUCCACCGCGCCGGCGCCGGCGCAGGCGCCGCAGGACCGCGUUUCGCGCUCCGCGCGUUCCCCAUCGGCGUCUCCGCCGCUGCCGCCGCGGCGUUCCCGAUCGCCGCACUCUCGGCGCCGUACCCGUUCUUCAUGGACCCGAUCGCGAGAUCGGAGUACGCCGCCACCGCCGGGGAUCGGCGCCGCCGCUUCGCGCUGCGGCCUCCGCCUCCGCCGCCGCAGCCGAUGCUCGCGGCCGCGCUCCUCCACGGCGGCGCCGCCGCACAGAGCGACUCCGACUCGUCCUCCGUCGUGGAUCUCGUCCCCGCCCACCGAUCUUCUCCGCCGCUUAAAUUCCGCCCGUUCGAUCUCGAUCUCAACCUCCCCCCUCCUCCCGAGAUCGCCUGA